AUGAAAUGGCGAGUGGCCAGCGGGAUGGGCGUGCCGCUUGCCGCUGCAAUAUUCUUCAUGCUACCGCUGUUCACAUCUUCUACGGGAGAUAUCAGGCACCACGGCACAUCAAGAGCGCGCGGCUGGCGGGGCAGCGUGCAGGCGCCUGCUGACGUCACAGCUAACAACUCUGUGAGCAACGUGACCGCGCAACUGGGGGGUACCGCUUACCUACAUUGUUUGGUGGGACAUUUGAAUGAGAGAGGGCAAGUGUCGUGGAUUAGAAAACGAGACUGGCAUAUCUUGAGCUCCGGGAAAUUCACCUACACGAAUGAUGAACGUUUUCAGGUACUACACGGGGAAGGCUCAGAAGAUUGGACCCUUCAAAUUAAGUUUGUGCAGAAACGAGAUAACGGCACCUACGAGUGUCAGGUGUCAACUCGUACAGGCAUAGUGUCUCAUUAUGUGCGGCUGCAAAUAGUAGUUCCAGAAGCAUUUAUCCUGGGGUCUGGUGAACACCAUGUAGAUCUGGGCAGCGUCAUACAUCUCAUAUGCAUUGUGGAAAAGAGCCCGACCCCACCACAAUACGUGUUCUGGUACCACAACGACCGCAUGAUCAACUACGACGCUACCCGCGGCGGUAUCACCGUAGAAACAGAACCAGGCGCUCGCACGCAGUCCCGUCUUACCGUACGCGGAGCGACGCUACGGGACUCUGGGAACUAUACAUGCAGUGCGAGUAAUACCGAACCCGCGUCUAUACAUGUCUUCGUGUCGGAAGGGAGCAACAAGAUGGCCGCCAUCUUGCGCCGCAACACGAGCGCCAUUCACGGCAUCACGUCGAGUGUGACUUGCAUCCUCUUGCUCGCGUCUGUACUGAUACACUUCGUCCUGCGAUGACGGUAGAGGCUAGCGCUGGUUAGAUUUAGCUGCAUUUCUUGGUAAUAAGUUGGUGAUCAACUUGUAUGGGAAUUUAAUUAAUUUUAAACACCGCUGUUUUUGAAAGUUGUGUUGAAGUGUGGAAAGUUAUGUUAUGGGUUAUGGGUUUGGUUUCAUAAAAAAUUUUAAAUGUAGAUAAUCUCAAUAAUAGUUUCAGUUUGUAGCUAUAAAUACUGAGAAAGAAAUGUUUUCUUGUUUACUUGAUAAGUCAUAAAUGUGGUGUUUAAAUAAUUCAAAUUGUAUUAUCUUGAAAUGCAGAUUAAAAUUAAUGCAUUAUUAACAUUCUAUCUGACUGAAACUCUUGGUUUUAAUAUAAGUUGUUUAGUUUUUCCGGCUGUUUAUGCGAAUGUAGUUACAAGUAUACUAUUUUAUUACAUGUCAUAAGUGUGGCUAUAAUGUGAUUUAGUUUUUCAUAAAUAAAAUAUGUCUUAAUGGAAAACAAAUAGGUACAUAUUUCAAAAACAUAACUUCUGUUUCUUAGACAUACAAUAGUUACAUUAAAAGAAAAAUACUUUAAGUAUUUUACUGUCAUUGCUAACGAAUUGGCAAUGCUAAUUCUAUCAAAUAUAAUCAUAGAGAUACCAUUGACCCUAUUCAAAUAUAGCGUAGUUACAGAAAUAUGUAAAAUAUAUUCCAUUUGUAUCACUGUACAAAGUUCACUGGUGUGUUUAUUGUCAUCCGUCAAUUAAUUGUGUACGCUAUGAUAUUGUCAUAACAAAUGAUUUUCUACAAAAUUUUCUCUUUUACCCUUACUUUUACCAUACGAAACCCCUAAAGCUGGGCAUUCACGGUCAAUCUAUCGCAACAAAUAUGAUCGUGAAUAGAAAAUUCCGACGCAAUCGCAAAAAAAAUGAAUAUUAACUACAUUCCAUUUAAAUUAUUAGACGUCGCGUCGUACCAAAUGAAUUGACCGUGAAUGGCCAUCCAUCUUAAAAAGUAGGAACUUCCAACAAAAAGCAAUGGAAUGAGUUCUUGUUUUUAUAGGCAAAGGAGAAAAUUUUAUUGAUGUUUUGUAGGUGUAGCAAUCAGGUAAACGUUAUUUAAAAAAAACCUCUCCUUGAUAGUAUAAAAUACAAUUUAAAAUAUAAUAUUUUAAAAAAUAUUCGAUUUUAUUUUUAACUUUAUUGCGUUCCCUAUUUUUUUAUAAUUAUACUUAAGUACAUAAAUUUCGAAGUUGAGAAGUUUACAAUCCUAAAAGGACUGUCAAAACUGAUAAGGCCAAACUUCUAAACUUUUAAUUGAUCUCUCGCUACGCCUACGAACAAACUUGGUAUUUUAAUAGAAAACCUAUAAAUAUAAAAGUAUAGGAUAUCCGAAUUUCUUCAAUAGUUGAGAUUCAAACUAGAUAACCAAAAUAAAUCAUAGCAUAAUGUUUAUUUAUUAAAAUAUGUACAAAAUUCAUUAAAUUCCAUUCUUUUUUUUGCAAAGGAAAAUUCCCUAAAUUAAGUACCUAGUUCAAAAUUGUUUAUUUGUAAAAAAUCUCUACAAAUAUAUUAUUAGAUUUAGAAAAUGUUAAAUUGAUGGUAAUGUAAAUUCUUUGGAAUUAAAACUUAGUUAAUAAAUUUAAAUGUAAGUAUUAACUGAUAAAAUUAUAUUAGAUCAAUCUGUUUACCUUUUUUUAUCCAAAAAAUAUUAUUUUU